GGGACCGGGGCUGGGCAGCUCCGUCACUGAGCCCCCCGUUCCUUCCCGGAUAGAACAGAGAGAAUCCCGGAGCGGUGUGCGUGGGGAGAAACUUCAGGAUCAUCCAGUGCCACCCCUGCCAGCUUCCACUGCCCUUGGACACUGCCAGGGAUGUGCAACCUGUGCCAGGGCCUCCCCACCCUCACAGGGCACAGUUCCUCCCCAAUAUUCCAUCUAACCCUGGCCUCUGGCAGUCUGAAGCCAUUCCUCCUUGUCCAUCCAUGCUCCUUGUCUGAACUAUUUACCAACAAGAUUAAAAAUGCUGGCAGUUAUUUCCUUUUUCUUUUGCCCAGGCUGCAAGCGCACGUGCAAAAAUAUGGGAAAAAAAAAUAGGAUUUGGGAGAGGCAAAUGUGCGGAAUGUCAAUGAAAUAUUUAUUGCUUCUGCUAACAGGUUUUUCCUGCAUCUGGGAAUUAGGACUCUGGGUGGUUAAUGGAAGGAAUCAGCAUGUGGGAAUCUGGUUCCUGCUGUUCCCAGGAAAGGUGAUGCAUCUGCAAGGUAAGAAUGUUGUCCUAAAGCCUGCAGCUUUCCAUGGACUUGAGAUAUUUCAGUGUUGAGGGUCUUCCUGUUAACGCCUCUGGCAUGGGAGUGAAAAAAUCAUGAGGAGCAUUAAAAAUCCGUGGAGUCUUACAGGAUUUUCAGGCCAAACACGACGUCUCGUGGCUGAGCUGAAGCCACAGCCCCCUGAUGGCUCCUGGAGGGAGCAGUGACAGGAAAAAUCUUUUUUUCUGCAGUCUGCUCCAGUGGUUUCCAGCUCAGCAGAGCCCUGAAGGUGCCACCAUCCCAUGGCUGCUCCAUGGCACGUGUGAAACGGCUCCAAAGGGUCCCAAAGCUGCACCCCAGGGAGAUCCAAGUGCUCACAUGCUGCUACUCGGAGGUUUUAGCAGAAAUCAGUGGGAGCAUUUUCAGGCCUCUCCCUGCACUUGGUGGGAUUUCUGGGCGCUGUUGGGUGGAGUUUUUUUGUGGCGUCGGCGUUUUCUGCCUCGGACACACGGUGGCGAUGGGAAUCGCCUUUUCCUGCAGAGCUUGGGGCUUGCUCGGUAACCACAGGCGGUGUGUGCCCCCGGGAAUGGAAAAUGAACCAUUUCUGUUCAAUCCCAAAUAACCGCUGACAUUUCCCAGAGAAUCCAGAACGCUUUCUCAUAAGCGCUGAUGUUAUGUAAAUGAAGAUGUUUAUGUUGAAAACAAGAGCCAAUGGAGCCUCGAGGGCUGGUGUUUUGCUUUACAAAGUGAUCUGACCUUUCUCUCUGUUCCUUGGCUGCCAGGACACAAGUGGUGCCAGGCUGGCAGUGUCACCGACCCCCUCACCCGGGAUGAUCUCUCCUGUGUUUGCACUGGGGAUGUCAUCAGAGCCUGGUCAGGAGAGGUGGAACCAGCACUUGGCAUCACGAGAGUUCGUUUUGGAAGUGGCUCAGUGCUCAGAUUGCACGGAUAUCAGGAGUGUUGAGAGCCCAGUUUGGGGGAGCCAUGGAGGAAUCUUCCGGAGCCAGCAAAGGCGCGGACGCUCCCUCGCGCUUCAUCAUCGGCUCCGUGUCCGAGGACAACUCGGAGGAUGAGACCAGCUCCUUGGUGAAGCUGGAUCUGCUGGAGGAGAAGGAGAGGUCUUUGUCCCCUGCGUCCGUCUGCUCCGAUUCCCUCUCGGACCUGGGGCUUCCCAGUGCUCAGGAAGGCCCGGCCAGCCAUAUGAGGCCCAGCAUGUCGGGUUUGCACCUUGUCAAGCAAGGCCGGGACAGGAAGAAGGUGGAUGUGCAGCGAGAUUUCACCGUGGCCUCUCCAGCAGAGUUUGUUACUCGUUUUGGAGGCAAUAAAGUUAUUGAAAAGGUCCUGAUAGCAAAUAAUGGCAUUGCAGCAGUGAAGUGCAUGAGGUCCAUCCGGCGCUGGUCCUACGAGAUGUUCAGGAACGAGAGGGCCAUCAGGUUCGUGGUCAUGGUCACCCCUGAGGACCUGAAAGCCAACGCAGAGUACAUUAAAAUGGCAGAUCACUACGUGCCCGUCCCGGGAGGACCCAACAACAACAACUAUGCAAACGUGGAGCUCAUCCUGGACAUCGCCAAGAGGAUCCCAGUGCAGGCUGUGUGGGCUGGCUGGGGCCAUGCAUCAGAGAACCCCAAACUGCCAGAACUUCUCCACAAAAACGGGAUUGCUUUCAUGGGUCCUCCCAGCCAAGCCAUGUGGGCCUUGGGAGAUAAAAUUGCUUCUUCCAUCGUUGCUCAGACUGCUGGCAUUCCAACUCUUCCUUGGAGUGGCAGUGGCCUCCGAGUGGACUGGCAGGAGAACGACCUCCAGAAGCGCAUCCUGAGCGUCCCUCCGGAGCUCUACGAGAAGGGCUACGUGCGGGACGCCGACGACGGACUGCGGGCUGCUGAGGAGGUUGGCUACCCUGUCAUGAUCAAGGCUUCUGAAGGAGGAGGAGGAAAAGGAAUCAGGAAAGUGAACAAUGCAGAUGACUUCCCCAAUCUGUUCAGACAGGUUCAAACUGAAGUCCCAGGCUCUCCCAUCUUCGUGAUGAGGCUGGCCAAACAGUCCAGGCACCUGGAGGUGCAGAUCCUGGCGGACCAGUACGGCAACGCCAUCUCCCUCUUCGGCCGCGACUGCUCCGUGCAGCGCCGGCACCAGAAGAUCAUCGAGGAGGCUCCAGCCUCCAUUGCAACCUCAACGGUGUUUGAGCACAUGGAGCAGUGCGCAGUGAAGCUGGCCAAAAUGGUGGGGUACGUGAGUGCAGGUACUGUGGAGUACCUGUACAGCCAGGACGGCAGCUUCUACUUCCUGGAGCUGAACCCACGCCUGCAGGUGGAGCAUCCCUGCACUGAGAUGGUGGCAGACGUCAACCUGCCCGCAGCACAGCUCCAGAUUGCCAUGGGGAUCCCCCUGCACAGGAUCAAGGAUAUCAGGGUGAUGUAUGGGGUUUCUCCCUGGGGAGACACAACCAUUGAUUUUGAGAACUCAGCCCACGUCCCCAGCCCCCGUGGCCAUGUCAUCGCUGCCCGGAUCACCAGUGAGAAUCCUGAUGAGGGGUUUAAGCCCAGUUCUGGCACAGUUCAGGAGCUGAAUUUCCGCAGCAAUAAGAAUGUCUGGGGCUAUUUCAGUGUGGCUGCUGCAGGGGGGCUCCAUGAAUUUGCUGAUUCCCAGUUUGGUCACUGCUUCUCCUGGGGAGAGAACCGUGAAGAAGCCAUCUCAAACAUGGUGGUGGCUCUGAAGGAGCUGUCCAUCCGAGGGGACUUCAGGACCACUGUGGAAUACUUGAUCAAGCUGCUGGAGACGGAGAGCUUCCAGCAGAACCGCAUCGACACGGGCUGGCUGGACCGGCUCAUCGCUGAGAAAGUGCAGGCUGAGAGGCCUGACACCAUGCUGGGGGUGGUGUGUGGGGCUCUGCACGUGGCUGACGUGAGCUUCCGAAACAGCGUCUCCAACUUCCUGCACUCCCUGGAAAGGGGCCAAGUCCUGCCUGCUCACACUCUGCUCAACACGGUGGACGUGGAGCUGAUCUACGAGGGACGGAAGUACGUGCUGAAGGUGACCAGGCAGUCUCCCAAUUCCUACGUGGUGAUCAUGAACAGCUCCUGCGUGGAAGUCGACGUGCAUCGCCUGAGUGACGGGGGGCUGCUCCUCUCCUACGAUGGCAGCAGCUACACCACCUACAUGAAAGAAGAAGUGGACAGGUAUCGCAUCACCAUUGGGAACAAGACCUGUGUGUUUGAGAAGGAGAAUGAUCCCUCCAUCCUGCGCUCGCCCUCCGCUGGGAAGCUGAUCCAGUAUGUGGUGGAGGAUGGGGGACACGUGUUUGCAGGCCAGUGCUUUGCAGAAAUUGAGGUGAUGAAAAUGGUGAUGACGAUAACAGCAGGAGAAUCAGGCUGCAUCCACUAUGUCAAGCGCCCAGGGGCAGUCCUGGAUCCAGGCUGUGUGAUUGCCAAGCUGCAGCUGGAUGAUCCCAGCAGGGUUCAGCAGGCUGAGCUGCACACGGGUACCCUGCCCCAGAUCCAGAGCACAGCGCUGCGGGGCGAGAAGCUCCAUCGCAUCUUCCACUACGUGCUGGACAACCUGGUCAACGUGAUGAAUGGGUACUGCCUGCCAGAGCCCUUCUUCAGCAGCAAGGUGAAGGGCUGGGUUGAGCGAUUAAUGAAGACCCUGAGGGAUCCAUCUUUGCCCCUGCUGGAGCUUCAGGACAUCAUGACCAGUGUUUCUGGGCGGAUACCACCCAAUGUAGAGAAGUCCAUCAAGAAGGAGAUGGCCCAGUAUGCCAGCAACAUCACCUCGGUCCUCUGCCAGUUUCCCAGCCAGCAGAUUGCCAACAUCCUGGACAGCCACGCGGCCACCCUGAACCGCAAGUCGGAGCGCGAGGUUUUCUUCAUGAACACCCAGAGCAUCGUGCAGCUCGUGCAGAGGUACCGCAGUGGCAUUCGGGGCCACAUGAAGGCCGUGGUGAUGGAUCUGCUCCGGCAGUACCUGAAGGUGGAGACUCAGUUCCAGCACGGUCACUAUGACAAGUGUGUCUUCACCCUUCGUGAGGAGAACAAGAGUGACAUGAACGCAGUGCUGAACUACAUCUUCUCCCACGCCCAGGUCACCAAGAAGAACCUGCUGGUUACAAUGCUCAUUGACCAGCUCUGUGGCCGUGACCCCACCUUGACAGACGAGCUGAUCAAUAUCCUGACGGAGCUGACCCAGCUCAGCAAGACGACCAACGCCAAGGUGGCCCUGCGAGCGCGGCAGGUUCUCAUUGCUUCCCACCUGCCCUCCUACGAGCUGCGUCACAACCAGGUGGAGUCCAUCUUCCUGUCGGCCAUCGACAUGUACGGCCACCAGUUCUGCAUUGAGAACCUGCAGAAACUCAUUUUGUCUGAGACAUCCAUCUUUGAUGUGCUUCCCAACUUCUUCUACCACAGUAACCAGGUGGUGAGAAUGGCAGCUUUGGAGGUGUACGUGAGGAGAGCCUACAUUGCCUACGAGCUGAACAGCGUGCAGCACCGCCAGCUGAAGGACAACACCUGCGUGGUGGAGUUCCAGUUCAUGCUGCCCACCUCCCACCCCAACAGAGGGAACAUCCCCACGCUAAACAGGAUGUCCUUCUCCUCCAACCUCAACCACUACGGGAUGGCACACGUGGCCAGCGUGAGCGACGUGCUGCUGGACAACUCCUUCACGCCGCCGUGCCAGCGCAUGGGCGGGAUGGUCUCCUUCCGCACCUUCGAGGACUUUGUCAGGAUCUUUGAUGAAGUCAUGGGAUGCUUCUGCGACUCUCCCCCGCAGAGCCCGACGUUCCCCGAGGCCGGCCACGCUUCCCUCUAUGAUGAAGACAAGAGUGCCCGGGAGGAGCCCAUCCACAUCCUCAACGUGGCCAUCAAAACCGACGGCGACGUGGACGACGACGGCCUGGCUGCCAUGUUCAGGGAGUUCACCCAGAGCAAGAAAUCAGUCCUGAUUGAGCAUGGCAUUCGGAGGCUGACUUUCCUUGUAGCACAAAAGAGGGAAUUCCCAAAGUUCUUCACCUUCCGUGCCCGGGAUAAGUUCGAGGAGGACAGGAUUUACCGGCACCUGGAGCCAGCCCUGGCCUUCCAGCUGGAGCUGAACCGCAUGAGGAACUUCGACCUCACGGCCAUCCCCUGUGCCAACCACAAGAUGCACCUCUACCUGGGGGCUGCCAAGGUGGAGGUGGGCACUGAGGUGACAGACUACAGGUUCUUCGUCAGGGCCAUCAUAAGGCACUCGGACCUGGUGACCAAGGAAGCCUCCUUUGAGUACCUGCAAAACGAGGGCGAGCGUUUGCUGCUGGAGGCCAUGGAUGAGCUGGAGGUGGCCUUCAACAACACCAACGUGCGCACGGACUGCAACCACAUCUUCCUCAACUUCGUGCCCACCGUCAUCAUGGACCCCUCCAAGAUCGAGGAGUCGGUGCGCUCCAUGGUGAUGCGCUACGGCAGCCGCCUCUGGAAGCUGCGCGUGCUGCAGGCCGAGCUGAAGAUCAACAUCCGCCUGACGCCCACGGGGAAGGCCAUCCCCAUCCGCCUCUUCCUCACCAACGAGUCGGGCUACUACCUGGACAUCAGCCUCUACAAGGAGGUGACGGACUCCAGGACGGCACAGAUCAUGUUCCAGGCGUAUGGAGACAAGCAGGGACCGCUCCAUGGGAUGCUGAUCAACACUCCCUACGUGACCAAAGACCUGCUGCAGUCCAAGAGGUUCCAGGCACAGACUUUAGGGACAUCCUAUGUCUAUGACAUUCCUGAGAUGUUCAGGCAGUCGCUGAUCAAGCUGUGGAACUCCAUGAACGAGCACGCCUUCCUGCCACCAACGCCGCUGCCCUCGGACAUCCUGACCUACACGGAGCUGGUGCUGGAUGACCAGGGCCAGCUGGUGCACAUGAACAGGCUGCCAGGAGGAAAUGAGAUCGGCAUGGUGGCCUGGAAGAUGACGCUGAAGACGCCGGAGUACCCGGAGGGCCGGGAUAUCAUUGUCAUUGGCAAUGACAUCACCUACAAAAUCGGCUCCUUUGGGCCCCAGGAGGAUGUGCUGUUCCUCAGGGCCUCCGAGCUGGCCCGGGCUCAGGGCAUUCCCCGGAUUUACGUGGCUGCCAACAGCGGGGCCAGGAUCGGCCUGGCCGAGGAGAUCCGCCACAUGUUCCACGUGGCUUGGGAAGACCCAGACAACCCCUACAAGGGAUACAAAUACCUGUACCUGACUCCUCAAGACUACAAGAAAGUCAGUGCCCUGAACUCUGUUCACUGUGAACACGUGGAGGAAAAUGGAGAGUCCAGGUACAAGAUAACAGAUAUUAUCGGGAAGGAGGACGGGCUUGGAGUAGAGAACCUCAGAGCAUCUGGCAUGAUUGCUGGAGAAUCAUCUUUAGCCUAUGAUAGUGUUAUCACCAUCAGCUUGGUCACGUGUCGGGCAAUUGGGAUUGGGGCUUACAUCGUCCGGCUGGGCCAGAGAACCAUCCAGGUGGAGAACUCCCACAUCAUCCUCACUGGCUGUGGGGCCCUCAACAAGGUGCUUGGACGGGAAGUUUACACCUCCAACAACCAGCUGGGAGGGAUCCAGAUCAUGCACAACAACGGGGUGACACAUGACACCGUCUGUGAUGACUUUGAAGGAGUCUACACCAUUCUGCAGUGGCUUUCCUACAUGCCAAAGAACAUACACAGCCCUGUGCCCAUGCUGAAAGCCAAGGACCCCAUAGACAGAACCAUUGACUUUGUUCCCACCAAGGCCCCCUACGACCCUCGCUGGAUGCUGGCUGGACGCCCCAACCCAAAUCAGAAAGGGCAGUGGCUGAGUGGGUUCUUCGACCACGGCUCGUUCAUGGAGAUCAUGCAGCCCUGGGCACAGACAGUCGUGGUGGGGAGAGCCAGGCUGGGAGGAAUACCUGUAGGGGUGGUUGCUGUGGAAACAAGGACGGUGGAGCUCAGCAUUCCUGCUGAUCCUGCAAACCUGGACUCGGAGGCCAAGAUAAUCCAGCAGGCUGGGCAGGUGUGGUUCCCUGACUCUGCCUUCAAAACAGCCGAGGCAAUCAAGGACUUCAACAGGGAAGGGCUGCCCCUGAUGGUCUUUGCCAACUGGAGAGGCUUCUCUGGGGGAAUGAAAGACAUGUAUGACCAGGUGCUGAAGUUUGGGGCCUACAUCGUGGACGGGCUGCGGGAGUACCGGCAGCCGGUGCUGAUCUACAUCCCGCCGCAGGGCGAGCUGCGCGGCGGCUCCUGGGUGGUCAUCGACCCCACCAUCAACCCCCGGCACAUGGAGAUGUACGCCGACAGGGACAGCAGAGGAGGGAUCCUGGAGCCCGAGGGGACGGUGGAGAUCCGCUUCCGCAGGAAGGACCUGGUGAAGACGAUGCGCAGGGUGGACCCGGUGUACAUCCAGCUGGCCGAGCGCCUGGGCACCCCCGAGCUGAGCCCGGCGGACAGGAAGGAGCUGGAGGCCAAGCUGAAGGAGCGGGAGGAGUUCCUGGCCCCCAUGUACCAGCAGGUGGCCAUUCAGUUCGCUGACCUGCACGACACGCCCGGCAGGAUGCAGGAGAAGGGCGCCAUCACCGACGUGCUGGACUGGAAAACCUCGCGCACCUUCUUCUACUGGCGGCUGCGGCGGCUGCUGCUGGAGGAGGCCGUGAAGGGCAAGAUCCACGAGGCCAACCCCGAGCUGACGGACGGGCAGAUCCAGGCCAUGCUGCGCCGCUGGUUCGUCGAGGUGGAGGGCACGGUCAAGGCCUACCUGUGGGACAGCAACAAGGACCUGGUGGAGUGGCUGGAGAAGCAGCUGACGGAGGAGGAGGGCGUCCGCUCGGUGGUGGAGGAGAACAUCAAGUACAUCUCCAGGGAUUACGUGCUCAAGCAGAUCCGGAGCCUGGUCCAGGCCAACCCCGAGGUUGCCAUGGAUUCCAUCGUGCACAUGACCCAGCACAUCUCCCCCACGCAGCGAGCCGAGGUCGUGCGGAUCCUCUCCACAAUGGACUCGCCUUCGUCCACGUAGGAGCCCGGGCUGCUCUGCCCCGGAGCGGGAUCUGCCCUGGUCUGCUCGGCCACGCCGCCGGGGGAGGCUCAGGGAGCGCUGCUGCAGUGACAUUUUAUCUUUUCAAAUCAGGCUGGCCAGAGGAAGCGUGUCCUUUGGCCAGGGACACGAGGAAAAUGUAUAAAAACACAAAGCGCCUGCGGAACCGAGUCCCCGCUGUCCUCCUGUACCUUAUUUAUUGAACAGAGCGGGGCUGGGUGCUCCAGUACCGCGAGGCCUUGGCAUGGCAGGGACGCCCCUGUCCCUCCAGGGACACCCCUGUCCUUGCAGGGACACCCUGCCCUCCUCUCCUCUCCUCUCCUCCCCAGUGCUGACAAGUGCCAAUGUCCCCCUGUCCCCCCGCAGCCCCUGGCUCUGUCAGUGGGGAUUUGUGUGUCACCCUCUGUCAGCGGUGAUCUGAUUUGUGUGUCCCACGUCUGUCUUGUCUCCUAGGUAGAGGAAAACCAGCCUUUAGCUGCUGUGGCAGGGCUGUCCCCGUGCCCCCAGGAGGCUCCCGGGCUCCCCAGGGCUGGGAAGGUUUUUGGGGCGCAGGAUUUUGGGGGAUUUGCACCCCUGUCGCUUUGUGUUUGUGCCCGAUUCCUUUAGAGCAGGCUGUGAAUUGUGUGGAAGGCCCUUCUGGGAGGAGGCACAAGAGACCAAAGUGCAGCUGCUCAGCAUUUCUGCCCUCCCUGCCCUGGUUUUUCAGGGCUAACGGGGGGGCAGCCCCGCUGUGCAUCCUCGGUGAGUGAGGGAGGAGAAAGGACAGAGCCAAAUCCCCCAGUGGGGCUGCAGAAGGAAAUCUCAGUGUGAGGAUCCAGGAGAGCUUUUCUCCAUCGCCCUGCCCUGCCCCAGAGCUGCUGUGUGUAUCCAGGGAGGGGCCACCUCUUACCUGGGAAUGGGAAAAAUGUCGGGUUUGGAUCUCAUUGCAAUGGUCAGGAAGAACUGGGUGGCAGGUGAGUGCAGGAAGGGGUGGCAGCUGCCCAGGUCCCCCCCGAUCCCCAACUUCUUUCUACUCGUUUUUUAUGUAAGAGAAGCUCGGAGAAGCUGCAGUGCUGGAGGGGAGCACAGCCCACCCCUCACACACAGCUCCUGCUGCCGGGCUGGGCCUGGGCACUCCGGGCUCACCAGUGAUGGUCUUGGAAGAAUUUCAGAUUUUACAGCCCCUCCUCUAGUCCAGCAGGAAGGGCUGUAGGUCAGAAGUAUGGCACAUCAGAAGGGCUGUUUUAUGAGAGAAUUAAUCCAUGAUGCUGCCAGUGCCUCUCGCCCUUCCCUGUUUCCUCCUGAAGUGCAAUGCAGCCCUUCUGCCUGUGCUGCCAGUGACUGGAGGUGCCAGCCCGGGGCCGCUGCUCCCCUGCCUGUGGCCAGCAGAGCUCAGCCACCUGCAGGUUUUGCUUUUUCUUAAUAGUUAAGAACCCUAAUUUGAUUUAAGAGAUUUUUUUUUUUCCACUAGAGCCCCCUGAACAAGCCCCAAAGAUGCUUUUGCUUACGCCAGGGUGGGCUGCAGCAGGACACACAGACAGAGAAUGUUUCAGCCAGGCAGGACCGGGACUUGUGGGGCUCCUCUGCUGUCACCAGGGUCCCUUUUGCAGGACAUCUGCAGGUGCAGUGGGAGCUGUCCCCGUGCCCACUGUGCCACGGCCUCCCCCAAUUUCAGUGUUACAACACCGGCUCAGACCCCACUCAGUCUGGGGGUAAAGCAGCUCCAAAAACACCUGCUGGGUGACAUCGGGGGCUGCAGUGGCCCUGGGGCGUCUGGGCCUGCUGGGGCCCUGUGGCAGCAGCACCUGGAUGUCCCCAGGUGUGGGGGGUCACCGGGAGGGGGACAGCCCUGGGUACGAACGGUUCUCGCUGGUGCUGAAGUAUUUCACUUACCUCAAUUUCUUUUAAUAAAAAGAAUGAAUUCCA